UGAGGAUUACCCGUCAUGCCCCGCGGGUAAAGAUGGCGGCGGCUGAACAGGGCAGAGGAUCAACUUUCUUCGGGCGGAUCUGAGAAGAUUUGUGGCCGUAACUCGGUGCCUCUUCUCCGGCUGCUUCUCCUCCGGCCGCCCGCUGGUCGCAUCCCGGAUUCCCAGCUUGCACAGCCGGACCUCGGCGCUCCUCCCCGGCUUCGGAUUGGUUCCCCCCUCUCCUCCCUCCUCCACAGCCGAAGGAGGAGACCGGAGCCCCGGAUAAAGUUUCCUCCUCUCUCCGCUCUCCGGGACUUUGCGUGGGUCGAACCGGGCCUAGCCUCGAUCCCCGGCGCUCAGGUGAUCGGAGACGAGAGGAUCCGGUGUCAGGAGGACGAGGAGGACGAGGAGGACGAGGAGGACGAUGAAGAGCUGUGAGUGACGUUCAGGAUUUUCUCUGUGGAUGAAGUCGUCUGAGGAGCAGAUCACCUGUCAGGACCCCAGGAUGGCGAGCGCCGCCCCGGCCAGGAAGCCGUACCGCAAGGCUCCACCGCAGCACCGAGAAACACGCCAUGCCCUCCCCACCGCCACGCCGCCGCCGCCCGACAUCAACCAGGAGGCUCUGUCGGACUCAGACAGGAUCAGAAUCCUACAGCAGCAGAACGAGGACCUGCGGCGCCGCCUCUCUCUCUCCACCCACAAGAUGGAGGCCAUGGAGGCGGAGUUUGAUGGCAGCCGCCACUACAUGGAGGCGGAGCUUAGCCGAACCCGGGACGACCUGGACAAGAUGAGGGACAAGUUCCGCAGACUCCAGAAUAGCUACACUGCAUCCCAGAGAGCCAAUCAGGAUCUGGAGGAGAAGCUUCACGCUCUGGCUGCCGUCAGUCAGACAUGGGUUCACGCACUACGGAAGGUGGAGAGGGACAAGAAGACGAUGGAUCAGGAGAUCGUGGAACUGACCAAUAAACUACUGGACUCCAAGAACACGGUGGAUCACCUGGAGGAGCUCAAUGAGCGUUACAGGCAGGACUGUAAUCUGGCCGUACAGCUGCUCAAGUGCAACAAGUCUCACUUCAGGAACCACAAGUUUGCUGACCUUCCCUCCGAAUUGCAGGACAUGCUGAAUAAACACAUGAAGACCAGUCUCCCAGAGCGAAGCCCCGCCCCCGGCACCCAGGAUCCGGACACGCUCAGUCUGACGCCGGCCGACGUCGUCCCAACUUCAGUCAUCGCCCGCGUCCUGGAGAAGCCCGAGCCACUGGUCCUGAACUCCGCCCAGUCCAGCAGCAGCGGCCGCCCCGUCGCCGAGGACGUCUUCGUCCACGUGGACAUGACGGCGGCGGCCGAGGUUCAGGAUGGAGGCGGCCCGGGGAUGUGGCAGCAGAACGGGGCGCGCAGCCAGAGCAGCAGCCUGGACGAGGAAGCCAACUCCGCCCCCUCCUUUGAGAAGCUGAACCCCUACCCGGCGCCACCGCCCCCCCACCCCCUCUACCCUGGACGUAAGGUCAUCGAAUUCUCCUCCGACGACAAAGUCAAGAUCCCAAAAAACUCGCCACUGCCCAACUGCACCUACGCCACGAGGCAGGCCAUCUCCCUGAGCCUGGUGCAGGGCGACGACGUCAGCCCCGCCACUUCCUCUGGUGGAGGGGGCGGGGUCAACCAGUGCACGCCACCAUUGCAGCGUGACAUCAUCAGUGAGCCGCUGUCCAGCCAGUCCAGCCCCUUCAGCAGCCCGCCACAGGCUCCGAGCGUCCUGGCAAGCUCCGGUAGUUCGGAGGAGGACCUUCUGGCCAACUGGCAGCGGAUGUUUGUGGAGAAGAUGGCGCCGUCCUCGGGCGUCUCUCUGGCGUCUCAGCGGCGGCAGGUGGCACCGGAUGGGGCGGCGUCCUCCUCCGAGCGCCACAGGGCAGCGUACUCAGACGGCGAGGAGGGCUCGUCUGCACAGAGCUGGACGCCGAGCCGGGGCUCCAGCCUCGACACCGACACCGACACCGAGCAGCGUCCCAGCGGGAGGGGGCGGGGCCAGAAGCUGCUGAUGGACCUGGAGGACGACGGCGGUAGCGGGGACACUGCAGUCACCGUGGCAACCAGCCCCGGCCACAGGAAGGAGGAGGAGGAGGCGGGGGAGGAGGGGGAGGACAUCCUCCCCCACGACCUACCCGCCAUCUCGCCCCGCCUCCUGGAGUUUGACUCCGCCCAGCGACCCCAGAGGAGUCCGAAGAGAAUGGGCGUGCACCACCUGCACCGCAAAGACAGCCUGACCCGAGCCCAGGAGCAAGGCACGCUGCUCGACUGACACGCCUCACUGUGGCCCCGCAUCCGUCUCCACGGCAACUGACCUGCCCCUCAGAGGUCAGAGGUCACGGCCCUCCAGGAAAUAGCCAUGCUCUACACAUGCUGCCCAGACAGCGUCCACACACUUCUGACAACUGACAACGUUAAUGGAUUUAAUCACAAUGAAAGAAACAGAACCAGAAGUAUGUGGACAGAAGAACCACCUGUAGAGAGACUGUGUGUGUGCGCGUGUGUGCGUGUGUGUGUCUUUUAUUUUGAAGGAACACUCAGACACAGUGCCUCUCUCAGACUUUUAUUUUGGCGUGUUUUGUUGAGUUUAGUUUAGUUUCUUUCUGUUCUCACUACGAGGCAGACGUGUUAAUGAACUGUUUUGGCCUCUCUGAGCCUCCGUAGUUGAGGCUGAUGGAAUGUAGAGCAUAGACUGUAAAUAAAUAUGGAUGCCUCCUCUACAGCUAGUAGAGCUCCCCCUGGUGGCUGGAGGCUGCAGUAUAGGUCAUAAGCUCCACCCCGUCCAAGUUAGUGGGCUGGAAACUAAAACAGUAAAAUACACAUCACAUAAAUUAUUUCAAGGAUGGUUAUUAGUUAAUAUAAUGUGGAUGAAAGUUUAAUUUGUUUGCCACUAAACAGGAUGUGACAUCAUGGCCAUGCCCACUGCUCCAUGAGGAGGUCCCGUAAAAAAAAAUUAAAAGUAAGUUCAGUGUAUAAUCCAACAUUUCCUUGUAGCUGGUGGAGGAGGAUUCAUUCAAUGAAAACACCAGUGAGUCUGGAGGAAGUGUGGGCGGGGCUUCAUCAGUCUGGAGGAAGUGUGGGCGGGGCUUCAUCAGUCUGGAGGAAGUGUCCAUAUUAAUAUACAGUCUAUGGUUUAAUCCCUCACAGCUCUGAUUGUUUCUGGUUGAGUAUUAGUCAGCUGACUGGAGGUGAUCAGCUGAUUGUUUGUAAUGGCUCAGAAGCUUUUAUUGUGGCGGUCUGUCAGAGUGCAUGAUGGGAAACACCUGAUCAGAUUCAUUGAUCGCCGUUCAGGAAACAGACGAUUAAAGUCACAUGGUCUUCUUCAGUCACGACUUCCUGGUUCCUAAAACAUUAGCAUUAACAUUUUCUUCUUCAUCCUCUUCCUCCUCGUUUUCCUCCUGUUCGUCCUUUUUCACGUUGUUAAAUUUUUCUGUUGUCACUGUUUUCUUGUGUAACUGUCUCUGUGAGGACCCGUCUGGUCCCCACGGAGACAUAAAGACCUGUGUGUGUCUGUGUGUGUGUGUGUUAGCCUGUUAGCAUGUACUGAGGCUAUAAAUACCUUUUCCAUCUGUACUCAUUCAUCUUUAAUGAUUCUUCUUCAUGAAUAUAAUUCGAGUUGUUGCUGAGUUCUCCUCAUUCCUCCUCCUCUGUCUGCUGAUGAAGACCAUGACGUUAAAGCAGCUCGUUUUCCCAGCAUGCUUCACUGAAACACUCCUUAUGGUCUGGUUCCUGGUUCCUGGUUCUGCUCUGAGUCCUGGUUCUUCGGAUCCCGGUAGGAUCCUGCUGGGAGGACUCGGACUCACCGGAGAUGAAUGUGGACCUUUAACGAACCUGUGACCUUCAGGUGAUUGUAGCCCCGCCCUCUGCUCCACCCACAGGUGCUGACCUCUGACCUCUGGACUGUUAGAACUCCACUAAUGAUUUAUUUUCUCAGUUUGUAAACAUGUAUAUUUUAAAUCAAAUAAAUAUUUUAAACUUAA